GUCACCUCUGGCUGUUCCGGGACGCGGGGACAAACGACGGACUCCUCGUCAACCGGCAGGAGCUGUUAGUGGCAGGGACACCACCGGACGGAGAGCCCUUGUGACCAGGUUGUGUCUCUGUGUGUUUGUUUCUAACCUCAGUGUUCACCCUGAAGGAGAGAUGUCUCCAGGUUGUCCGCAGUCUGGUCAGACCAGUGGACUACAGGAAGCUGGACAUCGUGCGGUCGCUGUACGAAGAGCUGGAAGAUCUCCCUGACGUUAGGAAGGACCUUCGGCGGCUCUCUCUGGAGAGAAGUGAAAUGCUGAGGAAUGGAAUUUUGGAAUAA